UCCCACAGGAUGAUGAACAUCUGGACAAUCACGCUUUUCCUGCUGGGAGCAGCCAGAGCAAAGGAAGUUUGCUAUGAUUCCAUCGGGUGCUUCUCUGACGAUGAGCCCUGGGCCGGGACAGUAAUCAGGCCUCUGAAGAUUCUCCCCUGGAGCCCUGAAAAGAUUGGCACUCGCUUCCUGCUCUACACCAACGAGAACCCAAACAACUUUCAAAUUCUCCUUCCCUCUGAUCCAUCAACGAUUGAAGCCUCCAAUUUCCAAACAGACAGGAAGACCCGGUUCAUCAUCCAUGGCUUCAUAGACAAGGGAGAUGAGAGCUGGCUGGUGAACAUGUGCCAGAACCUGUUUGAGGUAGAGGAGGUGAACUGCAUCUGCGUGGACUGGAAGAAAGGCUCCCAGACGACUUACACACAGGCCGCCAACAAUGUGCGGGUGGUGGGCGCCCAGGUGGCCCAGAUGCUGGCCAUGCUCCAGUUGAACUACAGCUACUCACCGUCCCAGGUCCACCUCAUCGGCCACAGCCUGGGGGCCCACGUGGCGGGAGAGGCAGGGAGCAAGACUCCAGGCCUGGGCAGGAUUACAGGGUUGGAUCCUGUAGAAGCAAGUUUUGAGGGUACUCCUGAAGAGGUCCGACUCGAUCCCUCCGAUGCUGACUUUGUUGAUGUGAUCCACACGGAUGCAGCUUCCCUGAUCCCAUUCUUGGGCUUUGGAACAAGUCAACAGUUAGGACACCUUGACUUCUUCCCAAAUGGAGGAGAAGAAAUGCCUGGAUGCAAGAAGAAUGCCCUGUCGCAGAUCGUGGACCUAGACGGCAUCUGGUCAGGAACCCGGGACUUUGUGGCUUGCAAUCACCUGAGAAGCUACAAGUAUUACUCAGAGAGCAUCCUCAAUCCCGAUGGGUUCGCUGCAUACCCCUGCGCUUCCUACAGGGCCUUUGAGUCUAACAAGUGCUUCCCCUGUCCAGAUGAAGGAUGCCCACAGAUGGGUCACUAUGCCGAUAGAUUUGCUGGCAAGACACAUGAGGAGCAGCAGAAAUUCUUCCUGAACACAGGAGAUUCCAAAGAUUUUGCUCGCUGGAGAUAUGGAGUUACCAUAACACUGUCUGGAAGAGCAGCCUCGGGUCAAAUCAAAGUUGCUUUGUUUGGAGAUAAGGGAAACACUCGCCAAUACAAUAUCUUCACUGGGAUUAUCACACCCGGGUCCACUCAUUCCAAUGAGUUUGAUGCAGAUCUCGAUGUUGGAACAAUUGAGCAAGUCAAGUUUCUUUGGAAUAACAACGUGCUAAACCCAACUCUCCCCAGAGUGGGUGCAGCCAAAAUCACUGUGCAGAAGGGAGAAGAUAAGACGGAGUACAAUUUCUGUAGCGAACAGACUGUGAGAGAAGACGUUCUGCUCCCUCUCACACCCUGUUAAACUCCAGGCACCAUGCGGCCGCCCUGUUAACACCAAUAAAAUCCGUUGAUGCAUC